UAUUCUCUUCUACAGAGGGACAGAAAAUGGACAGAAGAGGAGAGAAUAAAAAUGGAGGAAUCUGCUCUGCUGACCGAAGAGGAGCUUUCUGGAGAAUCUAAGUCAAAACCAUCAUACACUGAUGCUGCAGAACUGCUCUCAGCAGAUACUAAACUGUUCAUUCCUGAAGAGACUGAAGUCACUUCAGGGGAUGGGACCACCAUCUGUUACAGGUUUCAUUGCCCUCAUGCUGGUCUGUUUCAGUGUAAAAUUACCAGCCUUGUGUUUGAGAUGAAGGAGAAAGGGGAGGUGCUGUACAGAAUUGUCUCCUGGGAUGCUCGUCUCCUGGAUGGAUUAGGUCAGAUGCAGCCUGCAGGACCUCUGUAUGAUAUUGACUGCAAAGGAUUAAUUAGUCAUUUGUAUCUUCCACACUGUGAGAUACUUUCAGAUGAAAGUCAGCAAGCUGUGGUGCAUUUCACUGCUGGUAAUGUAGAGAUCAUUCCACCCCUCAGAGUGACGACCACUCAUGUGAUCAUAUGCAUCCAAGCACUUUCUCUCUUUGGCCUUUUAAGAAAUCUAUUCUCAGCUAAUCCCAUCAGUGGCCAAGUAUUACUCUUUCAUAAAAAACUGUCUGUCAGACAAAGAAUGAGUAAACUAAACAUCCACCUGUUGCCAAGGAAUGUGCCUGUUGAAGAGGUGAAGAAAAAACAUCCGUCCAGCAAAUACAUUGACACCAGCUCUAAAUGUCAAUUGACCCCUGGUAGAAAAUACAGGCUUUCCUGUGACCCUUAUGUAUCUCAGCCAGAGGAUGAGACAUUUGAGUGUGACUAUGGUCCCAACUAUCAUGCUACAUUUGAGGUGUUCAUAGACAUUGAUGCUGAGGAUGCCAAAAUAGGGCUGCUGGAUGAAGAUGAGCAGGAGGUGUGGAAGCCCCGGCUGGUCUUUCUUACAGAUAUUAGUACACAAGGAGUCAAACUCCAGACAGAAGCAGAAUGUGCUGCAUUUGUGGAUGCUCACAGGGAACAGCUCAUUCAGAGAGUUUCCUCUGUGAUGGAGAUACUGGACUGUUUAGAAAAGCAAAAAAUGAUCAGCAAGGAAAUGUACGAUAACAUCAAAGUUACAAAACCAUCUCAGGAACAAAUGAGGAUGUUGUACAAUGUGCUUAAUUCAGGAGGACGAGCUGUGAAGGUGGAAUUCUACAAAAUCCUUAAGAAGAAGCAGCAGCUCCUUGUGGAUGAACUGGAGGCUGGACCCAGCCAGGCUUAGAGGAUAUCGUCGCUGUCCAAUAAAACAUUUUUUGGUCGAUUUUUAGUUUACUACAUAAUUUGAACAGACAAACUGUCCCUUAUACUGUGCCUAAAUUUCUUGAUAAACGGACCAAUAGAAACUCUUUAAAAUGACUUGAAAUAAACUCUUUUUACAUUGACUAUCA